AUGUCGCAGGAGGUCGGUAUCGACGUUCAUAGCGGCGAUUUCUCGUCGCUUACCUCAAAGGACCCAAUCCAGAAAUAUGUCAUCUCCGCCUUUGCGGCCAUUACCUUCUACAAUGCGAUAGAGCUCGUCGUGCUUUGUUUCACGACAUUUCAAAGGUAUCAUGGAUGUUAUUUCUGGAGUUUGCUCGUCACCUCGGCGAGCCUUAUCCCCCAUUGUGUGGGAUACCUUCUCUUUAUCUUCUCUACUGUUUCUCCUUAUGUGCCUGUGUCCUUGAUUAUACCUACCUGGAUUAGCAUAGUCACUGGUCACUCCCUCGUUCUUUGGUCGCGAUUGCACCUCCUCGUGCAAUCGCAAAAGCUAUUGCAGGGCCUCCUGUACAUGAUCAUUAUCGACAGCAUCGCCUUCCAAAUUCCCACAACAGUCCUGCUGUAUGGAUCACUAUCAAAUACCCCCCACUUCGCCAGGGGCUACGACAUCAUGGAGCGGGUCCAGCUCGUCGGCUUUUGCGUCCAAGAGUUCAUUCUUUCCGGCAUAUAUGUAUGGGAAACCAUCAAGAUGCUGCGCCUUCGUCCCGAGAGGUCCCGGUUCAUUAUCCUCACUCAAUUGCUUGUUAUCAAUAUACUCAUCCUCAUUCUGGACGUGGCAGUCGUCGCCAUUGAGUACGCCGGAUAUUAUGCACUGCAGGUCAUGUUCAAACCUGUUGCAUACAGCGUCAAGUUGAAGUUGGAAUAUGCUAUUCUGGGUCGGCUGGUCAAGAUUGCCCAAGGGGCCAGUUCGGAUCCGGAUCCAUUAUCACCAAGUUCUCGUGGAUUCAACAUAACUGCAUCUGGAUUUGACGAAUCGGGCAGUACCGGUGCAGGUGUCACAGUUGUCCGACAGGUAAACUCGGGACCGUUGGUCAGGCGAUGGUCUGGACAGACUCAUGACAGCUUGGGUUUCUGUUAG